AGUAUAGUUGCUUCGGUACUUGUUAAUGUGAUAUUUAUGUUGGCAACACCGUUUUCUCCAAACUUUUGGAUAUUCAGUAUUUUUAGAUUCAUCACCGGUAUUGCAUCUGGUGGGACACUCAUUACAUGCAUUGUUAUAAUAAUGGAGAUUAUCAGCAAAAAUCACCGCGAGGCCGCGAGUAGUGUUCUCGUGCAGCCAGACGCGUUGGCACAGGCUUCUUUAGCAAUAUUCGCAUAUUACUCACCAAAUUGGAAUGUAUACGUUCUAGUUUACAGUAUAGCUUCAAUUUUUAUCCUUAUAAUAGUUUUAUUUAUACCAGAAUCACCUAGAUGGUUGAUUUCACGAGGUAGGAUCGACGAAGCUAUACAAGUUAUAACAAAAGCUGCUCAACGUAACAAACUGAGUACUGAAAAUAUAGAAGCAAUAAUCAAAAAUAGUGCUGAAGAGUUACGAAUCAACAAGAAAGAAGUAGUAAAUACGACUUAUUUAGAUUUAUUCAAGACAAAGGAGUUGGCGAUCAAUACGACAUGUAUUUUGAUAGCGUGGACUAUCAGCGGCACUUGCUUCUUCGGCAUCAACCAGUACAUGACUUUUGUGGGUUCUAACUUAUAUGUUGCUGUUGUAGUGUUGGGUUUAAUACAGAUGCCAGUAGGUCUUGGUUCUUGGAUAAUCAACAAAUAUUUAGGCCGCAGGAUAGCUUCAGUGGGAAUUCUUGGACUUGGCGGAAUUGUUAUGAUUUUACUACUUUUCACCGAGGAAUAUUACUGGCCUGCAACUAUUUUAGGAAUUAUAGGAUUUAGUGCCGUCAGUUCAAUAUUUACGAUCACUUAUAUUUACGCGUCGGAGUUAUUUCCGACGCCACUGCGUAAUAUGGCAUUUGGAUUGACAUCGACUGGAGCCAAAUUCGGGGCGAUGGUAGCGCCUUUUAUUGCUAAUUUGAAACCGCAGUGGGUGCCUUCUGUAGUCUUUGCUUGUAUGUUGUUUGUAGGCGCUCUCUCUUGUUUGCCUUUACCAGAAACUAAAGGGAGAAAUUUAAAAGACACAGUGUCUUAAAUGACGUGUGUUUAAGAAUUGAGAUAUAAUUAACAUCUGCAGUAAUUUGUUCGCUUUGUCUGUACUAACAACGUAUGUAUUAACUAUAUUAUCAUGUAUGGAAAUACUUAUUAACAAGAGAGGUACGGUUUUUACUUAUUGUGUAGACAAAGGUUAAUGCAUAAUCAAAAAGAAUUAGGCAAUCAAUAAAGUAAUAAAAAUAGAAUAACAAAUGGUAAACAAUAAAAAAAGUUUUAGCUUAAUAGUUGUAAAUUAG